CUCGAGCAGUGACCGAGGGAGGGUGCGCCAGCCUCCUCUCACACCCGACACUUACCCUCGGUGACAACCUUGAGUGAAAACCACAGUGAUCGGAAAUAUCAUGUAAAUAAUGAACUAGUGUAUUGUGAUAAACCAAAGACACUGUUAUUACCAAAGAACGCCAAGUAAACAUAACCCUAAGAAAAGCAAUAUUAAUGUAUAAGUUGGGUGAGAGCGCCAAGGGGUGCUAGCCGGAGCCCAGAGUGUUGUUGUGGUGCCCCAGCCUAGUGCUGGUCCUCCCACACUAGAGGAUGGGAGGCAAGUGCUGCCUCCUGUGUAAUGCUCCCUACGGGGCCUACCGGGGAUACCCAGAUGUCAAAGUGGGAGAAAGUCUACCUCGCCGACCAGAUCCCAACGCCCCUAACUCCUCUGGUCAACAGGGAUCUGCACACACCCACACCCACCCACAUGCCCAUCACAAGUACCAGCAUCACCCACAUGCCCACCAUCAGAACUACCAACACCACCCUCAUCCUCACUCACAGAACCAAUACCACCAUUAUAAGAGUGACGACUUACACGGCAAAUAUCAAAUAUAUCCUGGGCAGAAUUACCAAAGUAAUGGGCCUUACACUAAUUAUCACGGGAGUUCUAACUACCCUCACAACUACCCGGAGGAUAAUGUUAACUAUCCUAAUAACUUUAAACAAGCUCACAACCGGCCUCCAAAUUACCAGGAGAGCCAGCAGACACUCACAGCCAACCCUAACACCCUCAAUGGUCACCGUGCCAGAAUGAACGGCACCUACGGACCCAGCCACUAUGACUUCCAGGACUACCAUAACUUCAAGAACCACCAACAGGACUACAAGAACCAUCAGCAGGAAUACAAAACGCAGGAUUAUGGUACUUAUGGCACUCAUGCUCGUCACCACGACCAAAGACUCAAUGGUCGAGUACCCAAUGACAUCCACCAACAACAGUAUUCAGACUCUGAGCUCACCGUUUCUAAACACCAGCAGUCAGUAGCAGCAACGACAGCGGCUGCGGUACAAGAGAGCGUAGAGGUGCGGGGGCUGCAGGGAGUAAGCGCAGGGGAGCUGCUGGGCAAGACUCAUGAGGAGUUGGUCUUGUUGCUCAUUCAGCUACGGCGACAUCACUCGGCGCUACAGUCAGCCAGACACCAUGCUCGCCUUGAAAGAGACUCCCAGGCUCGUCUUGCACAACUGGAUGGGGAGCACCGUGAGGAACACCUGCGCCGCCUCGCUAGCCUCAAUCACCACCUCCAUGACCUAGACAAGCAGCAGUAUGAAAUGGGUAAACCAUUGAUCAACCUGGUGGACAAUAUGGUCAAACUUGGAUCUCUAUAUCGAGGAGGAGACUCCAAACUUGUUGCCCAACAUGAUCCUAGGCGGACUCGUUCAUACUGUCCGGCAAAUGGCUAUGAUUCACUUCAGUUCUCAAGGAGAAUACAAGAAAGGAGAAUAGUAGCAGAAGAUUUACAACUGCAGGAGUAUGAGUUGGCGGCAGCAGACCAGGAUGAUCUUGAGGGAAAAGUGAUGCAAUUGUAUAAGUUGGACAAGAACCUACAUCAAGAAUCACUGACCAUUCAGAGCUUGCAGAGAGAGAAGGAGAUGCUGGAGCGCACCCUAGUUAAUCUCCACUCCAAGUCUCAUGGAGCAAAUGAAGGACCAGUAGAGCUUGAACGCAGAAAGAAACAGAGAAGACAUUUGGAACAUGAGCUUUCCAAACUUCGUGCUCACCUUGCUGUUUCUGCAAGGAAACUAGAAGACACCGCAGCUGAGAAUAGUCGCCUUGAACAUGAAAUGAUGAUGCUACGCCAAAAGAUACAGAUGACGAUGGCCCGUAAUUCUCAAAGAGAGUCUGGUGGCACUUCUGAAACUCGUCAUAUUGAAGCAGAAAUGGUCCGAGUUCAAACACUUCUAGAAGAUCUUCAGAGGCGAAGAAUUGAGCUUAGUCAUCAGAUUCAGAAACUGACAUCAGCUAACCCAGGCAUAGAAAUCAGACCAUCACCAACAGGUGUUGUUGGGGCCGCUCCUGUACCUGCAAGACGGAGAACUCACAGCACCUGGCUCGAAACUGAUUUGGAUGCAAUGAUUACUAGGGAUAGAGGGAUGGAUCCCCCUGAAGAUAGCAGAAGAGGCAAUCCUCCAGUUUAUGUUAAUGCUUCUGGAUAUGUAGAAGAGGUUAGUCCUAAUGAUUACCCUGAGAGUCCUGACUUCAUUGAUUCUGAUUACCCACCCCCUCCACCACCUCCUGAACACAUGCGCUCCUACGGUCAUCAUCUCGAUGGCCAGACAUCACUUGUAGAGCACUAUCAGACUGAUCUUAGGUAUCUUCAUUCUGAGUCAUCUUUAGGAGAAUCAAAUCGAAGACAGCAUUUACUGAAUGGAGAUCUAAGUAUGAGUGCCAUUACUGGCCUGGACCGCGAUGCUGCAGAUAAUAAACCUGACGGAGAAGAGCAACAACAGUCUGCAGGUCAUCUGGAUAUCAAUGAUGCAGAUGACAGAAUGAAGAGAUAUUAUGGUAUUCUUCCAAAAGAGAAGCCUUUAGAGAUCAAGACUGUACGAAUAGUUAAGAGAGAGUCCACCGAACGAAGGAAAGAUCGCAGUACAGGCGGGAAGCGUGUUACCAUUGGAGACUCCAGCUUAACCCAUUUACUGGAGGAUGACAUUGAAAGUGAUGGAAUGUCUGAUACUGAAAAUGAACCUCCAAUUCCUUCGUUUGCAUCAAGGUCUGCUUCAUUACCUCGUAACUAUGGCCGUAAUGGUCCAGGGGAGAGAGUCAGUAUGAUGGCAGCUAUGAUGCGAACUAGUGUUGGAAAUGCUGGAACAAUGACUCGCCCGAGCAAUUUGGCUCUAAAGAAAUCAGCAGGAUGGAAAUCUAAGACUGAGAACCUCAAAGACCGGCCAUUGAGUGCACAUGAACAGCUUUUUGGUUUCGCUCGGGAAACUGAGCAAACUCCCCCUGCUUCCCCUUCCAAGUCGGAUCCUCCCUCCCCAGUGUUCAAAAGUGCUGCAGCACAGGAAAUUAUCAAGGAAAUGGCCUCUGAGGCAGAGAAACAUCGCCGUACAGUACCAAAAGAGAAGAGACGUCAUUUUACUAUCUCCAGUAGCCGACCAAUAACAUUAGAAGCAAGAGAUGCAGGUGCAGAGGAGGGCGCCAGAUCAAGGGACGACUGUGACAUGGUCCGUGCCUUGAGGCCACGUAAUCAUCCUGAUGUUGUCAAAUCAACUCUGAGUACCCGAGAUCUUCGGUUUAAUGAAACAACAAUUGAUUCAGUUCUUGGUGCUCCAAGUAAAAUCUACAUUCCAGAGAGAUAUAUGCCAGAUGAGGAUGAUGAGAAAGAACCAACUGAAGAAGAACGUGCACAUAGAGAACUGAAAGCAGAAUCCAUUCGCAAGAUGCUUUCUGAGACACAAACUACUGUUACAAAGGGUGAAACAGGGGAGGAACAGUCAUCUGAAUUUGAAGCCACUGCCACUUCCUCCUCAGCCUUCAAAGCCAAGGUAGCAGCUGAGAAGAAGGAGCGUGAACACCUUCUGGCCUUGAACCAGAUUCUUGCUCGUCAAGUCAUGGAAAAGAGUCGUGUAGUAGCAGUACGAGCUCUUACCAUGUUGACCAAGCAACCAAGUUCUUCCGAUGAUGACCUCUCACCUAUGCAGCCACUUCCUCUUGUGCAGCAGCGGGAAAACUACCUCGUCUAGAGAACCAGGAAGGGUACCAUACCUUGGAUACCUUGAAAAUGCCUUUAAUUUGGUCUCCUGGAAACUACCUAGUCUAGUAUCGUACUGUAUUGUUAAAAAAACACAUAAUGGUGGCACGACCAAGGGAAGAACUCACUGAGCAUAUGCCACUCUGGCUGGAAAUUGCUGCUUGAUUAUUCCUUGUGGUCAUGUGAUAAUUCGUAAGGGUUCUUGCCGAAUGCUCUCAAAAGAGCUAGCAUUUCGGCUUCCUAUCUAUGAAGGUUGAACAGUACUUCAUAUUUAUAGUGUGAUUAAUUUGAGGAGUGCCUGGAAGUUUGCAAACUCAGAUGGAAAAGUGCACAAUGAUACUGUAUAGUAUUAUUGAAAUUUGCUUCAUACUGCCAGAAAUUGAAACUUAUUAUUUUUCCAUAUAUAAGAAGAUCCAUCCCAUAAUAUCAUAUAAUUGCACCAAAUUACCUGUUUAUGGGAACUGUAGUCUUCAUGAAAAUAUGAACUGAAGUGACCAAUGUUGUGAUUCUGCUUCCAUUUAUAUACAAAAUCAUACUGAUGUGAGUACCAACUAGAACAGUUUUUAUGUAUUUGUCCCAAAUGGUAAUUAGAUAUUUAGCUUCUUGUGAAUAUGAUUGUAUUAGAAAAAUUUCUACAUACAGUGAACAUAAUGAAUAGUUUGAUGCAAUUUGAGGAUCUCGUAUAUGGCAAGUAUCAGUGCUGAUUAUAUCUUAAACUCAGCAUUUGUAUUAUCAGUGGAUACACAAGUUUCGAUUAAUUGAAACACUGUAUACAUGAAUCUGCCUUAUGGAGCAUACAACUGAAAUGUGCCAAGUGUGAUAGACUGAUAAUGGGUGGCUUCAUUUACAAGAAUGUGAUAAUAUUCUUGAACUUUUUAUCAGAUUCUUCCAAAUACCUGUAUGUCAUUACUCUAUGUAGUCAUUUUUUUUCAUAUUCAUGAACAUUAUGUAUGAAUAGUAUAAUAUUUAAAACUUUUAACCAAUUGAUUGCUCAGCUGUUCUUCCAUAUGAAGUUAUAAUUUGUACUAUUUUCCAGUUUUAAACAGCCUUGCUUCCAGUAUGUCAGUUUGCAAUCAUUGCCAGUUUUGAAGAUGUUUAUAGUGAAGCCAUUUCCUAUUUCAGCAUAAAAGAAAAGGACUUUCCAAACUGUUGAGUGUGUUCAUGUACUUGAGCUUCCAAUAUGGUAUUGAAAGUUAGUUACAGUAUCUCCAGUUUUAUGGUGAAUGUUGAGAACGUUUACACUACCAAUGAGCAUUGCUAACUCAAAGACCUACGAAUCCAGUCUCGGUGCCACAUUAACUGAAGCUGGUGUGUCAGUCACUUAGGAUUUCUCUAGUAUUGUUAUUUGUCUUUUGUAUGUAAUAUGUCUAGGUCUGGUUAUAUAUUUUUGUUGUUAAUUAGAGAGAAUUUUUGUCUAAUGGUUGCUAUUUUUCUAUACAUGCCUGCAUUCUAUUGACAAUUUUCAUCCCUAGAAAGCUCAUACCACUGUGGUAUCAGCCUUAGUGUAUAGGUACUCUGUGAUUCCUCAAUCCUUUGGACUGAUAGCCAGCUGCAAUAUAUGAACUUAUUGUGUAAAUAGUUUGGUACACUAGUAUUAGGUUUGAUUUUUUAUUGGAAGUAAUUUUUAUUAAUACUGUAUUUUGCCUCCAAAGUAUUAUGUUCAUAAAUAAACAAUCAUUAUUAUUUUCUAGAUAAAUGCUUGAAAUGUCAAACUCUAGCUUUAAAGAAUGGCAUCUUUUAUUACUCACUUUACAAAUUAAGUUUGUUUCAAACAUAUCUUAAGCAAUAAUACCAAUAUAUGAUCCUUUUCAUGAACAUAAUCAUACUUCAUUAUUGUUGUGGUGAAGACUGCCAGAAAAUAAGAGAACUUUGUUAAAUAUGUUCGGUUGAUUUUUUAUGCCUUCAAUAAUAAUAUAAGGAAUGUCAGAAAGACUAUGCUGUUGGUUAUACAUAAUAAUGUAUAUUUUAACUGCUCUUAAACUUAUGUAUUUUUUACAAAAGAUGUUUACUGUAUAUUGCCAGUACUAUUUUUUGGAACCUGUGCAAAAGAUUGUAUUGUGCAAUAAAAAUCCAUUGCUCUAA